ACAACCAUACAGGGCAAGUGCUGAGUCGUAACCAUCCAAAAAUGACGGAAAUCAAGAAUACAGCAGUUCAAGGGGAAGAGUCUACUCCCAUGUGGAGCUUCAUUUCAGCGGAAGAUGAUAAGGCUGUGAUGUCAAAGUUCCAAAUAGAGAGUUCCAAGGUUGUUGAGGAGUGGUCCAUGGGAAAUGCAUCUGUUGUUGAGAAAGAUGCAGCAGUUUCAUUUCUGAUACAGCUUGGAUUUGCACAGAUUACUGUUCAGUAUGAUGACCAUCAAUCAGCUACUCAGAAACAAGUGACUAUUCAAUUAGCUGUUGGACAGAAUAAAGAGACAGAACAUGCUGAUUCAGGACAAGCCAAGGAUGAUGUCUGUAGCCAAGAGAUCACUGCCACACCUGCAACUGCUCAACCUUCUACUGCUCCACAACAGCAAAGUGCUGAGAAAGAACAGAGUGAUGAUGAGGAUAAUGGGAACUACUCAGCAUGGAUGUCAGAAUCCAACGAUACAGAUGACAAUGACGCCAUGGAAGCAGAAGACAGUGUCCACCCAAGUACAACUCAACAGCUAAGGGAGGAACACCCUUGCCCUAGUUGCCAUGCAAUCUUUCACAGCACAUGGGAAUUAGAUCUGCACAGAGUGCAGGACUGUGAAGAGCUUAAAGAAUCAACCCAGCAAGUAUACAACUGUGACCAAUGUACAAGGUCCUUUCGUAUGAAGCUCCCAUUUUUUAAACACCUACGUGAUGUUCAUGAUUGUGACAUCACUUCCUCUCAACUUCUUGAAAAACUGGAAGGUCUGAAAAGUACAAAAAGACAAAGCAAUGCAAAGAAAGAUGAAAGAGAAAGUUUAAAGAAGGGUCGGAGGAAAAGAUCAAAGAAGGAUGCAAGAAAGAAUUUGAAGAAGAAUGCAAGGAAAACUAAUGAGCCACCCGCAAGGCGAUCUGGCAGACUUCAAAACCUCAGAGAAUUAAGAGAGAAAACAAAGCAGCAGACAGUGGCGAGGAAGAAGAAAAGAAUUGUGAGAGAUGUGCAGGAAGAGAAAACACAAACAAAGAGUAACAGAACAAAUACACCUCCACAUUUGAAGACACAAGUCCUUCCUGAUCUGAAGCUAAAAAUAUAUGAUACGUUGAAGAGAAUGACUAUUAAAUCUGGGAAUUCUCCUGUGACUUCAGAUGUCGGGACAGCAGAGCAGAGACAUGAUUCCGAUGAACACCAGGUUGUAGAGACUUUAUGUGAUAAUCCCAAUGGUACUGGUCAAGGGUCGACUGUAGAUUGGGUUAGUGAAAAGGAGUCACAUGCCCCAAUCAUUAGUGGAGAAUCUGUAAUAGACUGUAGAGACCGAGAAACACCAGUGCUGCCUGUGCCAGAGGUAGAGCUUGGAGAGAAGGACAGUACGUUGGCGAUACCCCUUGGCCUACCUCAGAGGGCAGGUGACCGGGGAUCUGGUGAUGGAAAGGGAGGAAGAAAUAAAGACACCAUGUCUAACCUUGCUCAAAUGGAAAAGAAAAGUGAGGAAACGGUCUCAAUGACUGUUGGCAAUCAAGACGGAAGGGGUGAACCAUGUGAAGCAAAUGAACAAGAGAAAGGCAGUGACUCCAAGAAAGGCAGUGACUCCCAGGAAGCAGGAACAAAGACAGGCAGGAAAAGGUCAAGAAAAUCUGGGAAACUAGUUUGCGGCAUUUGCCACUUGGAAUUUCCCUCUAUUCAUUUUCAACGGAAGCACAUUUUUGAAAGCCAUAAGGAAUGUAGAUAUUUUUAUCAGAAGUGCAGUACCUGUGGUAAAAUUUUCACAAAUAAAAGCCAAUAUAAAUCCCAUGUAAUAACCCAUGCAGACAUUGAAGAAAGGAAGAAGAACCAAUCCACAGUGAAAGUUCAAUGCAAAUGGUGUGAUAAAACUUAUGAUACUGCAAGUGGCCUUUCAAGACAUGUCAAUUCUAAGCACACCAAAAAGAAGAGAUACCCUUGCGAAUUGUGUGGGAAAGUUUUCUACAUUGCUGAAAAGAUGAGAAUGCAUGUACUGUGUCAUAGUAAAGAAGAUAGAGCAUUUAAAUGUGAAGAAUGUGGAAAAGGCUUUGUCACUUUGUAUUUUCUGAAAAACCACAAAGCAACGGUCCAUUCCAAUGUUCACCAAAGUCUAUGUGAUCUCUGUGGAGCUUCUUUUAAGUAUAAGGGAAGCCUUCAACAGCAUUAUAAUACCGUCCACUCCAAUGUCUACAACUUCAAAUGUGAGGUUUGCGGAAAGAAAUUCCAGCGUGCGACACGCCUGAAUGCCCAUAUGAAAAUUCAUUCCAGUGACGCUUCUGCCAAGCCGUUUAAAUGUGAACAGUGUGGCAAGUAUUUUCGAACUCGAUAUAAGUUGAAAGUGCAUUUGGAUUGGCAUAAUAACAUCAGGUCACACACUUGUGAGGUGUGUGGCAAGUCGUUUCUAACAAAGGGUAACUUGACCAAACACAUGUAUACCCAUCAGGACAAGAAACCACAUGAAUGUCGGAUUUGUAACCGAGGGUUUUCUGACAUGCCGGCGCUCAGGAGACAUCUGGAUGUAGUACAUAAGAUCACCCUGAAGAGAGUCCUAUCACGGAUGAAUCCGGAAGUCACCAAGUCCGCAGAGUCGGCAGUGGUUGAUGUCCCUAGUGCAAGGUCACCUCCACCAGCGAAGUCAGGGGCUGCUGCAUAUGAAGGGGAAAGUGCAGAGUUUGGGAACAUUGAAGAUUCUGCUGCCACUGAUGGAGAAGUUGAGGAAGCACUUCUAGAAAUGAUGAAUGCUUAGAUUCAUAGUUUGGCUAUGCAGUCGAUACCAAGAUCUGUUCAUAUGUUGCAAAUGAAAAAUGAUGAAAAUCUUAUUGUUCGAAAUAGACAUG